AUGAUUGACCUCGAACAAAUUCACGCCAGCAUCGCGUCCACUCCAUCCAAGAUUGUCCUGUUGGUGGCGGACGGACUUGGUGGGUUGGCGCAUCCGGAUACCCGCCGGUCGGAACUGGAAACCGCCGACAUUCCCAAUCUGGAUGCGUUGGCGCGGGAGAGCGCCUGCGGCUUGACCACCCCGGUCGAGAUCGGCGUGGCGCCCGGUAGUGGCCCGGGUCAUCUGGCCCUGUUUGGCUACGACCCGUUGAAAUACCUUAUCGGGCGCGGCGCGCUGGAGGCUUUGGGCAUUGGUGUUGAAUUGCUGCCCGGCGAUGUGGCGGCACGCGGAAACUUCUGCGCCGUAAAUGACGAGGGUCUGCUGACCGACCGGCGCGCUGGUCGCAUCCCUACUGCACAGAGCGCCCCGCUGUGCGAGCGACUGGAUCGCAUCGAGAUACCCGGAGUGCAGGUGGACGUAUUUCCGGUGCAGGAUUACCGGUUUGUGUUGCGGUUACGGGGCGAGGGUCUGUCGGAUCAGGUGGAUGAAACCGACCCGCAGCGCGAGGGAAUGGCACCUAAAAUCGCCCGCGCUCUGAACCCCGAAGCACAACGCACCGCCGAAAUCGUGCAGCAGUUUGUGUCAGAAGCCGGCCACAUGCUGGCGGAGGAUCAACCCGCCAACAUGGUUUUGCUCCGGGGCUGGGCGCAGUUGCCGAACUUGCCCGAUUUCGGCGCCGUGUAUCACCUGAACCCGGCUGCCAUCGCCGCCUACCCAAUGUAUCGCGGCCUGGCGUCGGUAGCCAAUAUGCGUAUUAUCCCUACAGGUAUGUCAUUUGGCGACGAAGUGCAGACGCUGCGCGCCAAUUGGAACGAUCACGAUUUCUUCUUCAUCCACUACAAACCGGCCGAUACCGCCGGCGAAGAUGGCGAUUUCGAGGGCAAGGUACGACGGCUCGAAGAACUGGACGCCCAUAUCCCGCACAUCAUGAAUUUGAAGCCGGACGUGCUGAUGGUCGCCGGUGACCACGCCACGCCCGCGAUUAUGGCGUCGCACAGCUGGCAUCCCGUGCCGUUUUUGCUGCACUCUCAACUUACGUUGGGGGAGGGCGUGGACGGUUUCAGCGAACGGGAUUGCGCGCAGGGUUCGUUGGGUCGAAUCCCCGCGCAAGCGAUCAUGCUGCUGGCCCUGUCUCAUGCCGGCAAGCUGGCCAAAUACGGCCCCUAG